UGCCAGUGGAUCCGGCAGAAGUUCGAGACCCCUGGCAUCAUGCAGUUCACCAACGAGGAGAAGAGGACUCUGCUCGCGCGUCUCGUGCGCUCCACCAGGUUUGAGGAGUUCCUGCACCGGAAAUGGUCGUCGGAGAAGCGAUUCGGCCUGGAGGGCUGUGAGGUUCUCAUCCCUGCCCUGAAGACCAUCAUUGACAAGUCCAGCGAGAAGGGAGUGGACUAUGUCAUCAUGGGGAUGCCCCACAGGGGUCGCCUGAACGUUCUUGCCAACGUCAUCAGGAAGGAGCUGGAGCAGAUCUUCUGCCAGUUUGACUCCAAGCUGGAGGCUGCUGACGAGGGCUCAGGAGAUGUCAAGUACCACCUGGGGAUGUACCACCGCAGGAUCAACCGCGUCACCGACAGGAACAUCACCCUGUCCCUGGUGGCCAACCCUUCCCACCUGGAGGCAGCUGACCCCGUGGUCCAGGGCAAGACCAAGGCAGAGCAGUUCUACUGUGGGGACACCGAGGGCAAGAAGGUGAUGUCCAUCCUCCUGCACGGCGACGCCGCCUUCGCCGGCCAAGGCAUCGUCUACGAGACCUUCCACCUCAGCGACCUCCCCUCGUACACCACCCACGGCACCGUCCACGUCGUGGUCAACAACCAG